AUGGAGGAGGCGCUGGAACUGUCACGGGCGAAGGACACGAAGGAAAGGAUGGCGGGCGUGGAGCGCCUCCACCAGCUUCUCGAAGCUUCCAGAAAGAGCCUCUCGUCUUCCGAGGUGACCUCGCUCGUCGACACUUGUAUGGAUCUCUUGAAGGACAACAACUUCCGCGUCUCGCAGGGCGCGCUCCAGGCGCUCGCCUCCGCCGCCGUCCUAUCCGGUGACCACUUCAAGCUCCAUUUUAACGCACUCCUCCCCGCCGUCGUCGACCGUCUCGGCGACGCCAAGCAGCCCGUCCGCGACGCCGCCAGGCGCCUCUUGCUCACUCUCAUGGAGGUUUCUUCUCCUACAAUAAUUGUUGAAAGAGCAGGGUCCUUUGCUUGGGCACAUAAAAGCUGGAGAGUCAGAGAGGAGUUUACACGAACUGUCACAGCUGCAAUUAAUCUAUUUGCAUCUACUGAGCUCCCACUUCAGCGGGCUAUCCUUCCCCCUGUUUUGCAUUUGCUUAAUGAUCCAAAUCCUGCUGUUAGGGAAGCAGCUAUUUUGUGCAUUGAAGAAAUGUAUACACAAGCUGGGCCUCAAUUUCGUGAUGAACUUCACCGCCACAAUCUUCCUUCAUCUUUGGUGAAAGAUAUUAAUGCCAGGCUUGAAGGCAUUCAGCCAAAAGUUCGCACUUCAGAUGGUAUUCCGGGUGGAUAUAUUACUGGGGAAAUUAAGCAUUUGACUGUUAAUCCCAAGAAAAGUAGUCCAAAGGCUAAAAGUUCCUCAAGGGAGAGCUCUCUUUUUGGAGGAGAAGGUGACAUCACUGAGAAACCCAUAGAUCCUGUGAAGGUAUAUUCAGAUAAGGAGUUAAUCAGGGAAAUUGAGAAGAUUGUAUCUACCCUUGUGCCUGAAAAAGACUGGUCAAUUCGAAUUGCUGCUAUGCAGAGAGUUGAAGGUCUUGUUUUAGGAGGUGCUGUGGAUUAUCCAUGUUUUCGUGGGCUCUUGAAGCAACUUGUUGGACCUUUAAGCACACAAUUGUCAGACCGAAGAUCAAGCAUUGUGAAGCAGGCUUGCCAUCUAUUGUGCUUUUUGUCAAAGGAUCUCUUGGGUGAUUUUGAAGCAUGCGCUGAAAUGUUUAUACCAGUCCUUUUCAAGCUGGUUGUGAUCACUGUGCUUGUAAUUGCAGAGUCUGCAGAUAACUGCAUAAAAACGAUGUUGCGUAACUGCAAAGUUGCUCGUGUGCUUCCUCGUAUAGCUGAUUGUGCAAAAAAUGACCGCAAUGCAGUACUACGUGCAAGAUGUUGUGAAUAUGCUCUUUUGGUCCUGGAACAUUGGCCUGAUGCACCAGAAAUACAUCGAUCAGCUGAUUUAUAUGAGGAUAUGAUAAAGUGUUGUGUUUCAGAUGCAAUGAGUGAGGUACGAUCUACUGCAAGGAUGUGCUACAGAAUGUUUGCAAAAACUUGGCCAGAGCGAUCUCGUCGCCUAUUUGCAUCCUUUGACCCUGCUAUUCAACGGUUAAUAAAUGAAGAGGAUGGAGGAAUUCAUCGGCGACAUGCUUCACCUUCCAUUCGAGAUAGAGGUGUGCUAGGGUCAUUAUCUAGUCAAACCUCGGCUCCCUCUAAUCUCCCUGGUUAUGGAACUUCUGCAAUUGUUGCGAUGGAUAGAAGUUCAAGUAUAUCAUCAGGGACAUCUAUCUCCUCUGGCAUACUUCUUUCACAAGCUAAGUCACUUGGUAAGGGUACAGAACGAAGUUUGGAAAGCAUGUUACAUGCAAGCAAACAGAAGGUUUCUGCUAUUGAAAGCAUGCUCAGAGGCUUGGAUUUGUCUGAUAAGCAUAAUUCAUCUUUCCGGUCAUCAAGUUUGGAUCUAGCGGCAAAUUUUUCUCUUGUUGCCCCUAGUGCAGGAGUUGACCCUCCAUCAUCUCGUGAUCCACCUUUCCCUGCGGCUGUCUCUGCAUCUAAUCAUCUGACAAGCUCUUUAACAACAGAAUCAAUAGCUUCUGGCAUCAAUAAAGGUAGUAACAGAAAUGGUAGUCUUGGUUUGUCUGACAUAAUCACCCAAAUUCAAGCUUCAAAAGAUUCUGCGAAGUUGUCCUAUCAUAGCAAUGUUGGUAUUGAACCUUUAUCAUCAAUAUCAUCAUAUUCAAGUAAAAGGGCCUCAGAAAGAUUACAAGAAAGAAGUUCACUUGAUGAUAACAGUGAUAUUAGGGAGACUAGGCGAUUUAUGAAACCCAAUCAUGAUAAGCAGUAUUUGGAUGCUCCUUAUAGAGAUGGAAACUUUAGGGAAUCACAUAAUAGUUAUGUGCCUAAUUUCCAGAGACCACUAUUAAGAAAGAACGUGACUGGACGCAUGUCUGCUGGCAGGAGGAGGAGUUUUGAUGAUAAUCAGUUAUCUCUUGGCGAGAUACCAAAUUAUGCAGAUGGACCCUCAUCUCUUCAUGAAGCUUUGAGUGAAGGACUUAGUUCAGGUUCUGACUGGUCUGCUAGGGUUGCUGCCUUUAAUUAUCUUCAUUCUUUGUUGCAGCAAGGGCCAAAGGGAGUUAUAGAAGUUGUUCAGAAUUUUGAGAAGGUAAUGAAGUUGUUUUUCCAGCACUUGGAUGAUCCCCAUCAUAAAGUUGCACAGGCUGCUCUUUCAACACUAUCUGACAUUGUUCCAGCAUGCCGAAAGCCUUUUGAGGGUUAUGUGGAAAGAAUAUUACCCCAUGUAUUUUCUCGGUUAAUUGACCCUAAAGAACUUGUCAGGCAGCCAUGUUCAACAACUUUGGAAGUUGUGAGCAAAACUUACAGUAUAGAUUCUCUUUUACCGGCAUUAUUACGCUCACUAGAUGAACAGAGGUCUCCAAAGGCUAAAUUGGCUGUUAUUGAAUUUGCAAUAAAUUCCUUCAACAAACAUGCUAUGAAUCCAGAAGGGGCUUCUAAUAUUGGCAUCCUAAAAUUAUGGCUUGCUAAGUUGACCCCUUUGGUUCAUGACAAAAAUACAAAGCUUAAAGAAGCAGCUAUUACAUGCAUUAUAUCAGUGUAUUCUCACUUUGAUUCCACUGCUGUUCUUAAUUUCAUUCUGGGUUUGUCAGUAGAAGAACAAAAUUCUUUGAGACGAGCUUUAAAACAAUAUACCCCUCGCAUUGAAGUAGACCUAAUAAACUAUCUGCAGAACAAGAAAGAAAGACAACGUUCUAAAUCUUCCUAUGAUCCAUCUGAUGUUGUGGGAACAUCCUCUGAAGAUGGAUAUGUUGGUUACUCUAGGAAGGCUCAUUACCUCGGGAGGUAUUCUGCUGGAUCCCUUGAUGGUGAUGGUGGCAGGAAGUGGAGUUCCCAGGAUUCAACACUGGUGAAAGCCAGCCUUGGUCAAGCAUCUUCUGGUGAAACUCAGGAACAUCUGUAUCAAAAUUUUGAAACUGAUCCUAAUAGUGGCAGUCUUGCUUCAAAAACUAAAGAUCUUGCUUAUGCAGUCAAUACAAUGGGUCAAAACUUUGGCUCUCAAACUAGCCAACAUGGACAUGUGGACAGUAGCAUAAACUUGGAGGGUCUUUCAACUCCACGUCUAGAUUUAAAUGGUUUGAUGUCAUCAGAGCAUUUAAAUGUUGUUGAAGGCUAUGUAAAUGACAAGGAGCAUCCUUCUGAAGUGGAACUUAAUCAUCACUCAGCCGAAGAUGUAAAGAUUAACUCCAUAACAGAAACAGGACCCAGCAUUCCUCAAAUUCUUCAUAUGGUAUGCAGUGGGGGUGAUGGAAGCCCUAUUUCAAGUAAACGGACUGCACUUCAACAAUUAGUUGAAGCUUCUAUAACAAAUGAUCAUUCUAUUUGGACCAAGGAUCUGAUAGAAAUUAUUGAUAUCAAUUUCAUGGUGUACUUGCAGUACUUCAAUCAGAUUUUGACAGUUGUGCUUGAGGUGCUGGAUGAUUCAGAUUCCUCUGUCAAAGAGCUUGCUCUUUCACUGAUAGUUGAAAUGCUUAAAAACCAGAAAGGUGCCAUGGAGAAUUCUGUUGAGAUUGUAAUUGAGAAGCUGCUUCACGUUACAAAAGAUAUCAUUCCUAAGGUCUCAAAUGAAGCAGAGCACUGCCUGACCAUUGUUUUAUCUCAGUAUGAUCCAUUCAGAUGUUUAAGUGUCAUUGUUCCUCUACUGGUUACUGAGGAUGAGAAAACACUUGUCAUUUGCAUAAAUUGCUUAACAAAGCUUGUAGGGCGGCUUUCUCAGGAGGAACUGAUGGCUCAGUUACCCUCGUUUCUGCCUGCACUUUUCGAAGCUUUUGGUAACCAGAGUGCAGAUGUUCGUAAGACCGUUGUUUUCUGCCUCGUGGAUAUUUAUAUCAUGCUUGGGAAAGCAUUCUUGCCAUAUUUGCAAGGGCUUAACAGCACACAGUUGAAGUUGGUCACCAUUUAUGCAAAUCGAAUCUCACAAGCCAGGACAGGCAAAACAAUUGAUGCGGUUCAAGAUUAG